GCCAGCUGAGCGCGCUUUGUUUUUUUUGCAAAGCAUUAGCGAAAUUCUUUUUGUGUUGGGUUAAUUGAUUUUGUUGUCAUUUCAUUCGGGACAUAUUAGAAAAUCACAUAUUUAACGAAAUGAAGGAGUGUCCAUAUGGCGAAAAGUGCUACAGGAAGAAUCCCAUUCACUUUGGCGAGUUUUCCCAUGCACAUUUGGAUGCCAUCUAUGAGAAGGGCAACGGAUCGGGGGACUACGACAUACCAGAUAAAUACUCCAGUGAAAUGAUUCAAGCCCAGUUGAAGUUGCUGGAGAAGCUGUUCCCCAAGGCAGGAGCCAAGAAGGAGAAGGAAGCGAAUGUGUCGGGCUCAAAACCACCUGUAACGGCUCCAAUUACAAGUGGUUCCUCAACUUCCGGCUCCUCAAGUAGCAAUCCCAGUGGUUCCUCUACUUCCCGGUCAGCUGCCCCGCAGGACACCUCCAGUUUGGCCAAAAAACAGAAGCUGAUGGCCAAGAACAUCAGGGACUACAUUCCCGUGGUGGUGGAGAAGGGCGGAAUGGCCAAGAAACUGGAGCGCGCUGCUCCCUACAAUAUGUUCCUCACGGCCAUCACGGACUCCAAGCCCACACACUCGGAACCCUUGAGCAUUACGCUCCAGGAAAUCCUCGACGAAAGCCUGGGCGAGAUCGAGAGCACCGUGCAGAUCAACUUUAUGGUGGACAUUGGCUGGCUCCUGGGGCAUUACUACUUUGCUGGCAUACUGGACAAACCCCUUUUGGUGCUCUAUGGCGACGAGUCCCCGGAGCUGCUGAGCAUCAGCAAGCUAAAGCCGCAGGUCACGGCCAUUCGCGUGCGGAUGCCCACGCCCUUUGCCACCUCGCACACCAAAAUGAUGUUCCUGGGCUACAGCGAUGGCUCCAUGCGGGUGGUCAUCUCCACGGCCAAUCUGUACGAGGACGACUGGCACAAUCGCACGCAGGGCCUGUGGAUAAGUCCAAAACUGCCGGCUCUGCCGGAGGAUGCGGAUACGGGAGCAGGCGAAAGCCAGACGGGCUUCAAACAGGAUCUUAUGCUGUACCUGGUGGAGUACAAGAUCAGCCAGUUGCAGCCGUGGAUUGCGAGGAUCCGAAAGAGCGACUUCAGUGCCAUAAACGUCUUCUUUUUGGGCUCUGUGCCUGGCGGUCAUCGCGAGAGCACCGUGCGGGGUCAUCCAUGGGGUCAUGCUCGCUUGGCUGGUUUGCUGGCCAAACACGCGGCUCCCAUCGACGACCGCAUUCCUGUGAUCUGCCAGAGCUCGAGUAUCGGCAGCCUGGGGCCCAAUGUACAGUCCUGGAUACAGCAGGACUUCGUCAACAGCCUGAAGAGGGACUCCACGCCUGUGGGAAAACUCCGCCAGAUGCCGGCCUUCAAGAUGAUCUAUCCCAGUUUCAGCAACGUCUCGGGCAGCCAUGAUGGCAUGCUGGGCGGCGGCUGCCUGCCCUACGGCAAAAACACCAAUGAUAAGCAGCCGUGGCUCAAGGAGCACCUGCAGCAGUGGAAGUCCAGCGAUCGGUAUCGCUCGCGGGCCAUGCCGCACAUUAAGAGCUAUACGCGCUUUAACCUGGAGGAUCAGGCGGUUUACUGGUUCGUUCUCACCUCGGCCAAUCUAUCGAAGGCAGCCUGGGGCUGCUUCAAUAAGAGCUCCAGUAUUCAACCCUGCCUGAGGAUCGCCAACUACGAAGUCGGUGUCCUGUUCCUGCCGCGAUUUGUGACCGGCGAGGACACCUUUCCCUUGGGCAACAACCGAGAUGGUGUGCCCGCUUUUCCAUUGCCCUACGACGUUCCAUUGACGCCCUAUGCGCCAGAUGAUAAGCCCUUCCUGAUGGACUAUUUGCAGGGUUGAGACUAUCUCAAACGUACUCCCAUAAGGAUUUCCAAUUUGGGUUAUAUUUGAAACGGAAAAUAUUGUUUCUCUGGCAUUUGUUCACUUCUCAUCGUAUUCAUGUUAAUUUAUCUGUUAGCUCUUAAAGAUCUUAAAAUUUUUAUAAAAAUACAGGCAAACAUUGGGUUCUAUUCUUCCCUAGUUUA